GUUGGGGAGACACCGUGUCACAAUGACAAGGUGAGAUCAGCCGCCCUGGCCAAGCUGUCUCCUCGCGGGCAGGAGAGGUUUGUGAACAGCCAAGCUUCCCUCCGCACGGCGGAACUGCACUGGAAGCCUGGAGGAGCUCGGUGGAGGAGGGACCUUUGCUGGGAAUGGGGGGAGCUGUAGUCUCUUAUCCGCACCCAGCUAUUAGUCGUAGGCUCGCAGGACUACAAUCCCAGCACUAAACAGGAUUGUGAGCGGUGCGGAUCCCUGGAGGGAGACAUGGCGCGGUUUGCUCCUGCGGGGUAUGCAGGCAGGAGUAGUUUUAGCCGCUUCCGGCCGUUGAUCGCAGGCGAUCAACUACAAUCCCAGCAUGCAACGGGAGUGGGGGGUGGUGCGAAUGCCUGGAGGAAGGGGCCGCGUGGUGCGCGCCUCGCCAGGCAUUCUGGGAGGAGUAGUUUCUUAACCGCUUUCGGCUGUUGGUCGCAGGGCUACCGGCCUACAGUCCCAGCAAGCGCCGGGCUGCGGGGUGGUGAGCCGUCCCGGAGGGAGGCGCAAGCCGUGUGGACCUCUCUGCUUCCAAACCUAUGCUGGCCACUGAUUCUGUGCCAUCCUUGGCUAAGGGGAGUGAGUCCAGAGAGGGACUUAAGGGGCAAGUCGGGGCUGGGCAGUGAGAAGAGUGUGACGCUGCGAAGUGCACCUCGUCUUUGCCUAAAUCGGGCGGGUCUCAGCCUCACCCCACCUCUCGCUGCUCAGCUCGGUUUCCCUCCAGAGCAUCACGCCUCCUCCAGCACAGGAGAGCCGCCUGCUUUCCUAGGCUGCUGUGGAACUGGCCUGAGGUCCCAGACGCUGUCCAUUGUGCUGCCGCCCUCCGCGCUCUCCAGCCAGAGCGCCAGUUCACCGGCUUUUGGGAGAACUCCGCCGCCUGACCUGCCCGCGGACAAGGUCACAGCUUUGCAGGGGGUUGACAUGGGCUGUGGCUUCCUGGAAAUGUCACCCUCACCAGAGCCUUUUACAUGGAUGUGAAUUUUGAGACAUGAAGGAGGGGCUGCACCCCAUGGACCUGGGUUCCUGGAGUCCUUGACGGCUUUGUGUGGUCGACUUGUUUUGAUACUGAGGACACCCCUGCUGGCUGUUAAUUUCAGGGCAAGGGAUAUGAGGCCAUUAUUUUAAGUGAAAUAACUCAAGAAUGGAAAAUAAAAUACUAUUAUUUUUCACUUAUAAGUGGGAGUUAAGCUAUGCGUAUGCAAAGGCAUACAGAGUGAUGUAAUGGACUUUGGAGACUCAGAAGCAGAGAGUGGGAGGUGGAUGAGGGAUGAAAAAACUACCUGUUUGGUACAAUAUAAACUACUCAGGUGACAGGUGCACUAAAAUCUCAGAAUUCACUGCUAUAUAAUUCAUCCACGUAACCAAAAACCACUUGGACUGUAAAUGAUACCGAAAUAAAAAUUAUAAUAAAACAAAUUUAUAAUAAAAUUAAAAUUAUACUUACAUAAUUAUAAUAUAAACAAAAAUUAUAAUA